AUGCUGCUUUGGGUGUGGACGGGGCAGCAGCUGGGUGACCACGUGUGCCCUGGCUCCUGUCCCCCACUGGUGUCGCUGGAGUUUCCCUGGGUGCUUGCCCAGGCAGCCCGCUUGGGUCGAGCCCUCUCAGGCUCACUCAACUGUGUUACUCUCUGUGAUUCCCGUGAUCCACGGGAAGGCUCUCAGGCUGGCACCGUCAGACUCCGCUCCUCUUUGGCUGAGGCGCCAAGGCCUUGCUCUGCCAUUGCAGCUGCACCUGCUGGGUUCGAGGGCUCCAUCCUCGCGUGCGCCGCUGAACUGGCUGUGAACUUGUGCACCGAGCCAGGCUGCCAGCCAGGGAACAGCGCCUUAGCCUUCCUCACUGCAGAGAGUCCCAAGCUGUGA